AUGUCAAAACCAUCAUUACCGAAUACACCUCUACGACAGCGAAUCCGUUACGGGCAUACUGCUUAUUCUAAUGGCAAUAGUCAAAUAAAUGAAAAAACAAAGACCUGGUUUUCAGGCAGAACUAAAGCUAAUACAAAAUAUAACAAAAAUUUCCAAAACAAGGGCGAAAAAAACAACAAUGUUGGAAAUUAUGAUGGUGAUUGCUCAGAAGAAUUAUGUACAUCGUUUAAUUGA